CAUCAAAAAUAAAGCAGAGAAAGCUGAACAUUUACUUCAUAUACAAUACAACAACACAGACACAAAACACAACAUCCCUCUCUCUCUCUCUCUCUCUCUCUCUCUCUCUCUCUCACAUUUCAUCUUCCCUUUUCACACCCAUUUAUGAGAUUCCUCUAAUGGUCUUUUCUCUUCCAUUGGAUUGUACAGAUUCCCAGCUAAAAACCCAUCUCAAUCCCUUAAUUUCUCUGUGAUGUUUGGCUGUUUUUUGUGAAUUUUUGGGACUAUAAGACAUAAAACUCUUCUGGGUCUUUUGGCUUUUGCUUUCUUCUGCAGACUCUCGCUCUGGGUUUGCUGCAGAAAAGCCUUGGAUACUCGCUAGUAUAUGCCAUAAAAAAGUUGAAGAGAAAAAUCUUAUUUUGCACAAAUUUUCGUUCUUUUUUCCCACUUUUUAGCCAAUAAAUUAUUUUCUCUCUUUUUUUGGUUCUGUAAAUUUUCGUUGAAUUUAGUUCUCUUCACUUGAAGAAAAGAGAGAGACAUGGGCAAGCAAGGACCUUGCUAUCACUGUGGAGUUACAAGCACUCCCCUUUGGCGCAACGGGCCACCUGACAAGCCAGUACUUUGCAAUGCAUGCGGAUCUCGAUGGAGGACUAAGGGAACACUUGCAAAUUAUACACCUCUACAUGCUCGAGCUGAACCUGAUGAUUAUGAAGAUCAUAGGGUUUCCAGGGUGAAGAGCAUAUCUAUAAACAAAAACAAAGAAAUAAAACUGGUUAAAAGAAAGCAGAAUCCUGACAGUGUGAUGGUUGGAGGGGUUGCUGCUGAUUAUGCCCAUGGCUUCCGAAAGGUAACUGAUGAAGAUACAAGUAAUAGGUCCAGUUCUGGGUCUGCUGUGUCUAACUCUGAGAGCUGUGCACAAUUUGGCAGUGCAGAUGCAAGUGAUUUGACAGGUCCUGCUCAGUCAAUGGUAUGGGACUCAAUGGUUCCUUCUAGGAAAAGGACCUGUAUCGGUCGUCCUAAGCCAUCUCCUGUUGAAAGGCUUACAAAGGAUCUAUAUACUAUUUUACAUGAGCAACAGUCUUCUUACUUUUCCGGGUCUUCUGAAGAGGAUCUGCUUUUUGAAUGUGAAACACCAAUGGUUUCUGUUGAAAUAGGGCAUGGAAGUGUUCUCAUGAGGCAUCCCAGCUCAAUAACACGAGAAGAGGAAUCUGAAGCUAGCUCCCUUUCAGUUGAUAACAAACAGUGCCACAUAAAUGAGGCUUAUUCCCAUCCUGCAACCCUUCAUGUACAUAAUAAUAAGGGUGUCAUUAUGACCAGUACUGUAACUGGAAAGAUGAAUAACCUUGCAGGACAAGGGAUGCAACAAGAGCCACUGAAAAGGGAUAAGUCUCAGUAUGACAACUUCCAGAUCUUGGGAAACCAUAAUUCACCAUUGUGUCAUGUAGAUUUAAAUGAUAUUUUAAAUUUUGAAGAGUUUACGAGGCAGUUGACAAAUGAGGAACAACAGCAAUUACUGAAACAUCUACCUCCCGUUGAUGUUGUUAAAUUUCCUUAUAGCCUCAAAAGCAUGUUCGAUAGUCCUCAAUUCAGGGAGAAUUCGACUUCCUUUCAGCAACUGCUAGCAGAAGGGGUCUUUGAUAUCUCCUUUCUAGGGGCAAAAACUGAAGACUGUAAGACUUUGAAAAGGCUUGUAUUGUCCAAUUCUUCGAAAUCUAAAUGGGUUGAACGCUAUCAUCUUCUCAAGAAAUGUAAAACUAGCCCUGGAAAGUCUGUUAUUUCUGGGCCUAACACCCUGGCAUCUAGUAAUUUUCGACAUGUCAAGAGACUGCGGGACAGCGAGACUCAAAGUUUUCCAGAUGUAAAGAUGAUGAUGAAGAGCCCCAAAAGGAUAAUCGUGAAGGGUAGCAAUGAAAACAAGGAUCUCAUGGACUAUGAUGGUUCUUGCUUUAGUCCAAGAAGCCUAUUUGCUUUGCCUGCAGAUGGUAGCUCUUUCUUGAUGGAAUCUAUGAAUUUUGUUGAUGAAAGUUCUGAUCAGGAUCUUCUACUGCAUUUGCCAUCCAAUGGAUCUUUCGCACAAGCAGAGCUUCUUCACCCAGCCAUGAGUUUUGGUGCCCAGCAGGCAAGCACUAGUAGUAGCUCAAUAUACCCACACGUACUCCAUCCGUGACAAACGUGAAAAUGUCGAACGCUAUGUUGAUCAAUAGAAUUAUAUAGGUACCACGCCUUCUGCCUAAAGCGAUGACAGGGUUCAUGUAUUUUGAAUGGUAAAGACAUGUGAAUGAGGUUUGAUGGUUGCUCUUUUUUUCCCUUUACCUCUUUGAACCUGGAACUCUUAAGGGAUGAAAUUUGGGUGGGGCUUUUUGUAUAGGUUGACAAACAGGUUGUAAUAUAAGCUUAUAUUGCACAACUGGUAAGUUCCAUAAUUUUGUAUGAAUUUUAGUUUCUGUCUUUCUUAAUAAGCCAGAUACUCGUUUGGUGGCU